AUGCCGAGACUAAUUACAUUCCCAGGCCAAGGAACUCCGGUGCUGGGCCAUGUUUUUAAUUCUUAUUUAGCACAGCGUAGUCCGGCGAUAUUGGCUGGUGAUCACGCACGUCUGGUGGCGAAACAAAUCGAACAAACUCCUGGCGAACCGGCGUCCAUUGUUGCAUGCUCAUUUCUAUUGUACAAGAUCCACUGUAGCGAGAAUCGUGGAAACAAUGCGUCACGGGUGUUUUUGGGCCAUUCGUUGGGUGAGUUGUCGUGUCUGGCCGCGGGUAACAGUUUGUUCACGUUGCAGCAGGCAAUGGCAAUAGCCCACUACCGCAACUCGUUGAUGCUACAAGCGGUUGCGCAGCAGCAGGGCGCGCGGGAAUACAGCAUGUGGGCUAUUUCAGCACCUAAGGCGAAAAGUUUGGCUAACGACGUGCGACGCCUGAUUAAAUUGCAGCCAAAGGGCAGCUCAGUCGCGCUGGCAAAUAUCAAUACAGACCAGCAAUGCGUGGUGUCAGGCACUGCGGAGGACUUCGAGCACUGGCAGGUUCGGUUACGCGGAAUUGUGGGGCGCUGUAAAAUCUCCCGGCUCAAAAAUCCUUACCGCCUUCCGUUUCACAACCCACAGGUCUUGGCUCCAAUUGGAGAGCCGCUCCUCAGUUAUAUGUGGGAAAACCUGAAAGACCAGGGACUGCAGACCUUAAAAACCCUUGAUCACCCUAUGAUUUGCAACCUCACGGGCGGCCAAGUCACGGAUGUACACGAUGCUCUAGAACGGUUCGCGUACGGCAGCUGCAACGUAGUGGAAUUUGUCAAAUGCUGCGAAACGGUAAAUUCACUGGACAUAACCGAAGCGCUCCAUAUUGGGCCCAGCAACGUCAUUGGCAAGUUGGUUGCUAAAAACUGUCAGAUACGGAAAAGCGAGGUUUGGAACGAGUACAUGGGCGCCGACCCUCAAGCCACUAUCCCUCCGUUGGAAUAA